ACUCCUCGCGUAACGCCUCGCAGCUUAUAUUCUGUGCCCGGUGCGUCGCGUAUUCGCAUACGUAUUCCGUCGGUCUUACUGUUCGGUGCUCGUUGUUCUCCAGUGAAGAAAUUUGAUUGCUCACCUAGCAGAGGUGCAUUGUUCUUUGAGCUUUAAGUGACUGAAAGUUAAAAAAACCCCCAAUCAAAAUGUCUGUGAAAGCUAAGCUGAUGAAGGAAAUCGCCGAGCCGAUGGCCACCUCGGGCAACAAGGUCACCAUCGUCGGUAUCGGCCAAGUCGGUAUGGCAUGUGCCUUCAGUAUCUUGACCCAGAGCGUGUCCAGCGAGGUGGCUCUGAUCGACGUCAACGCCGACAAACUGAAGGGCGAGAUGUUGGAUUUGCAGCACGGUUCAGCCUUCAUGAAGAACGCCCAAAUCAAUGCCAGCACAGAUUUCGCCGUCUCUGCCGGAUCCCGCCUGAUCGUCAUCACCGCCGGUGUGCGCCAGAAGGAAGGCGAAAGCCGUCUGAACCUGGUCCAGCGUAACUGCGACAUCCUGAAGGGCAUCAUCCCCAAGCUGGUCGAGCUGAGUCCUGACUGCAUCCUCCUGGUUGUAUCCAACCCAGUCGACAUCCUGACCUACGUGGCGUGGAAACUGUCAGGCCUGCCCAAGAACCGUGUCAUCGGCUCCGGAACCAACCUGGAUUCGUCCCGCUUCCGUUUCCUCAUGUCCCAGCGGUUGGGAGUGGCCCCGACCUCGUGCCACGGCUGGAUCAUCGGCGAGCACGGUGACAGCUCGGUCCCAGUGUGGUCCGGAGUCAACGUUGCCGGUGUCCGCCUUUCGGAACUCAACCCUGCCAUUGGCACCGCCGAUGAUGACGAAAAGUGGGGUGAACUGCACCACGAAGUCGUCAACAGUGCCUACGAAGUUAUCCGACUGAAGGGCUACACUUCCUGGGCCAUUGGUCUGAGCGUUGCUUCGUUGGCCUCGGCUCUGCUCAGAAAUACUUACAACGUUCAUGCCGUUUCCACAUUGGUUAACGGCGAACAAGGAAUCACUGAUGAAGUCUACCUUUCGCUGCCAUGCGUCCUCGGCAGAAACGGCGUCACUCAUGUCGUCAAGCAGAUCCUGACUGAAGCGGAAACCAAGAAGCUGCAGGAAUCGGCACGCAUCAUGGCUGAAGUUCAGGCCGGAAUUAAGUUUUAAAUUGAUAAACCAACUAGCAUUUAACUAUUUAUAGCUACUCUAAAACCAAUUAGGAAUCAACGUGGAAAUCAUUUUUCUCAAUCUCACCCUGUUUAGAUAGAUUUAAGCAUGCACGCCAAAGUCUUUAAUGUUAUCUGCCUCCUAUCAUACUGAACGAACAAAAGCAACUACCUACUUAUGUAAACUAUGAUAGAAAGUAUUACAGAGGAAGUCGACUCAGUAUCGCUACCAGGAAAAUAUAAGUCUUUCGUUUGGAUUAUGACAAAGCAAAAACUUAUUCUCUGUUAUGUAAAUUAAGAAAUGGAAAUUUAAGAAAACACAUAACACACCCUACCUCGAAAAGCAUUUAUUCUCAAUUCGGUAACUCAGGAUUGGAUGAAAUGUUUCUAAAUAAAAUUUAAAGUAACACUGAUGUUCUCAGAUAGAAUACAUAGUAACAAAUGCUCGCAGAUUCAAGUAUUACUUUGCAAACCGAGACGGAAACGUUCGGUGGAAACUUAAGUAAAAUUGAUUCCGAAACUUUAGGAAUCCUAAUGCGUGAUGAAGCAAAAGCUUGAAAUUGAACGUUCUGACAAAAGGUGCAAUCGAUUAUCAGAUCUCUGAACCUAGAAAAAAAAAGUUUGCUGAUAAAUUGAAGUCUACUUGAUGUGCAACAUGAUUGAGAAAAUAAAACUAAUUAACACCGGA